UUCUUCUCAGUCUCUCGCGUGUUUCCCGAAGAGAGCAGUCGCAUCAUCACCUCGUCGUCUCAUUAUUGUUUCAUUUUGGUUUCAUUGUUCGCGUUAUACAAUAUAUUCAACCGAUAAAUCACAAAACGACAUCUUCAUAUUCAAAAUGAUUGUUGUUGUGGCAAUGCAGUGACGGCGUUGCUUCCGCCAUUGAAGCGAGUACAGCCAUUCUCUGUCUGAGCACGCCUAUCCCCCCUGUGUGUUUGAGACCGCGUGGACUGUGAGGAAAAAGCCAGUUGAGAAUACGGGUGUGUGGUGUGUAUGUGUGUUUGGGUGUGCAAGAUCGCGCGUGUUUUCCAGCUAAAUUCCCCGUAACAUAUUAUAAAUAUUUUCAGAAGCAUUUUGGCUCCAGUCUUUUGCAAGUGAACAAAACAGACAACGUUUGGUGCGAAGAAAGAGACGUAGUGUUUGCGAAUUGUGUGUUGGCUUUCCGAUCUCGAUGUGCCAAGUUUCCUGCCUCAUGGUGAAAAGGAACACUGAGAAACCAGGAUGCGCCAUUGAGACCCUCCGAGAUUGAAUCGUUUGUGCGGACAUCAUAGGAGGUUUUCAAAGGGAUCUUUGAUUUGCGAGAAAAUGAGCGAGCGUAAUCCCUUCCGGCCGACUUCAUCCGGAAGCAGUGGCGCAUUGGUGACGGAUGCCCGACUAUCUCAACUCUUUGAUCCCAUCGCGCGUCUAGUGGAUGUUUAUCCGCCCAACGAUCGUCGCAAUGGAGGAUAUCACAAUCAGCGCGAUUCUUCCGAGUACACUCACCUGACGGCUUAUCCAGCUAUUAUCGAACCAGUCACAUAUGAUGACGGAACAACGAGGUUGUCCUACAUGUCGUCCAAUUCGCCAAGUAUCAAAAGGCGUUCGCUGGAUCGGCCGGCCAGCAGCCAGAGUCAUGGCAACAGCUUCCUGCGGCCAUCUUCCGUCCAGUACAAUUAUCGACGUCGGAGGUUAUCGGAUAACAACUUUCAAAGAACCUCGGUCACGUCCCAGACAUCAUCCCUGCACACUGCCCUCUCUGAACUGGCCGGUGACGUCGAGGUGGUCGACAUGGAGGAUGGAGCGCUCACUAACGAUCGUUACUCGCAUAACGACUACCCAGAUGGCGAAAUGGACAGCGAAGCAACGAUGGCGGCCAGCAGCAGCGGCGAAGGAUUCUGGUUCUCUGAUUCGCGCAACUAUCAUCACCAUCACGAACCGGAUCACGCCAACAUGAUGAUGGGAGUUAUGGACGAUGAAGACCAGUACGGCGAUGAGGAUACUUACCUUCCGUACGUCUACAGUAUGGAGGGCGGCGAUCCGGGAGUCAACUGGGAGGAGCGAUGUCUCGAACUGGAAAUGUCACUGCAACGGUUCAGGGACCAAGCCGGAAAAAUCCGCGGACUGUUACGCGAAAAGUUGGCGGAAAUGGAGGCGCGCGUCGUCGGAGCGGAAACCCGGGCCGAGAUUGCUGAAGAAAAGUUGAGAAUCAUGGAACAACAACUGGCCGAUUCAUCGUGGAACCCGUUGUCGGAGAGCACAGCAGUAUCACCAGGAGUUCAUCCGGCGUCAGUCAAAGAAAGAGACGUCAUUAACCGGCUCGAAGAUCAAGUGGAUGAACAGCGCAAGAUGAGGCUAAAUGACGCAAAACAAGUCGAAGCCAAAGCUGCCAAGAUCAAGGAAUGGGUCACCAACAAACUGAAAGACCUCGAGGAACAGAAUCAACAUCUACGUGAACAAAAUCAAAAAUGUAACGAACAGUUGGAAUUGCUGCGCAGCCGUCUGCGACAGUUGUCGCAGAACAAUUCGUCUAAUUCCAAGAAUCAUCGGGCCAGCACAGAGGAUUCUUCGCGCGGAAGUUUGGAGGAUCAACCGGGUAGCGAUGACAGCUUAUGUCGCGUUGGCGGAGGCAAUACGUCAGAAGGAGGGAAAGGACGCGGAAGUGGUGGUGUCAUUUCGCCGUCUGAUGCAACCUCACAGCUAGAUGCAUUGUACGCGGAAGUAGAUUUGUCGAAGAAACGUCAGCAGAGAUGCGCGUCAGGAAGCUUGACGAACUCUAUGACUUCGUCGUAUGGUGGUGGUGGUGGCUUGGGUCUCUCGGGCCCAGUCAAUUCGCUGAUGCAGCAGAGGUUUCCGGACGUGAAUCGACUCUCUCUCUCCGGCCUGACGCGAACAGUUCGCGAUUCGCGAGUUGAUUCAGGAUCGGUUGACAUGGAGACACCGCUUAGUCUCAGCCCCAAGAGUCCGGUUGCCGGCGGCCUCAACGACGAUCACGGAUGCAGUCACAGCAGCGGAUCGAUUGGCACGAAGCCAAUUCCUCCUCCUCGGACAAGAAUUCCGCGAAAGGACAGUGAUAAUAGCGUCAACGAGGGCAAUGUCAGUGACCACAGCGGCAGUGGCGGAGUUGCCCUGACGACCAAGGGCAACUGCCCUAGUGCAGGCACCUUGUCCGGAUUGUCGGACGCUGAGACGUACGAGAAUGGUGCUACAACAGCCCUGGGAGAACUAGGGCAAGCCAUCGACCAGGCUAUUGCUUCUAUGACAGCUGCUGCCGCCGAGCACUCGGACUACGACGUCCCAAAGCCUCCGCGAAGUCUCAAGGUCCGUACUAAGCUUAUAUCCAGCGAAGUGCACGACUACGCCGAGAUUUACACGCCCAGCAAAGAGCGGGUACCUUGGAACGGCUCAGCGGCUAUCCCCAUGUCGACAGCACGCCAUUCGAUUUCUCACCCGGGCAGUUUGGUGGGCAGUGUGGGCGAUGAUUACCACGACGACAGCAAACCACCCACACCACCUUUACAUAGGUUUCCCUCGUGGGAAUCGCGGAUUUACCAGGCAGCUGCCGAAGGAUUUAGUGUGACCGAACAACCACCUUCGCUUCCACUUCAAGUCCAUCAAAUUCAUCCUAACCAUAACGUUCAGCCUCAUCAGCAACAAUUACAACCACGGACACACACUCACCGAUUAUCGGCUACUGGCAGUGUUGGCUACCACGACAUCAGCAUCCCUGUCUAUGCCACUGUCAAAGGCCGAGCCAGCCAAAUACGAUCAGUGCCGUUCAGUGGAGAUUCGUCAGAUUCUUCGGACGGCGAGGAACACGCGGAUGCUCGAGAUAACUGCAACGAAUCUGCCAUUUCUGAUGACUAUGCUCUUCCACCCGACGACAAUGGGCCGGGAAGCGAAGCGGAUGCGGCAUUGGUAGCACAGUCAGUUGCCAUGUUGCGAAUCUCGACACUCGAGCGGAAUAACGACGAGUUGGAGAAAAGCGGUUACUUGACCAAACUCAGCGGUAAACUCAAAACCUGGCGGAAGCGCUGGUUCGCUCUGAAAAACGGAACACUUUCGUACUGGAAAUCCCAGAGCGAUGUUGGCAGAAAGCCUCAGGGUCAAAUUUCGCUGGACGAUAGCUGUCGUGUAUGGCGAGCGGAUGGGGCUGCCACGUUUGAGAUCUCCACUUCAAAGAAGACGCAUUAUUUAACGGCCGACUCGAGCGGCACCGUAGACGAGUGGGUGCGCAUCCUGCAGAACGUGGUUCGCCGUAACACGACCCGAAUCCUUUUAGGUCGCGAGGACCAGAAACCGACGCUAGAAGGAUGGAUAGUCAAAGUGAAGCACGGCCAUUCGAAACGCUGCUGGUGUAUGCUGGUUGGUAAAACCUUCCUCUACUUCAAAGCGCCAACGGAUCAGGUUCCACAAGGUCAGAUCAGCAUGCGAGACGCCCGCGUCGAAGAGCUUGAGCAUGUUUCAGAUUCCGACAGCGAAGAAGCCGAUUGCAACUCGAUGGCUACUGCGAGAUCGGCCAAUUUGACGGUGGGCAUCUUUCCGCCUCAUGAAGACCCUACGUAUCUACUACUGGCUAAUAAACAAGAAAAAGACGCUUGGCUCUACCAAUUGACGAUCGUUUCGGGGGGUGGAGCCCACAGCGGAACGCAGUACGAGCAAAUGAUUCAGAAGCUGAUGGAAACGGAUGGAGAUCCAAAUUGCAAUUUGUGGCGGAAUCCUUUACUGAUUCACUCAAAAGACAGCAUCACGUCUCCGCUGACGACUCUGCCAUCAGAGAGUUUACAUAACGAAGCCAUCAAAUUGUUCAAAGCUAUUCAACUGUUCACAUCGGCGUUACUGGACUCGGCAGGCAUCGAUUAUCAUGUCGUGCUGGCUCAAAAUGCGCUCCAUCAAUGUCUGGGUUUGAUUGAGUUGCAACCCGAGUUGAUUUGCGCGCUGAUUAAGCAGACGUCGCGUGUCCAGCCGCAGAGUCAGCAGCCUGCGGUCGGCGUUACCGGCGUCGGCAGCAAGUGGGGCGGUGGGCAGGUAAAUCGCUCGGCGCUGCACAAAAUCUCGAAACCCGCCAAACAAUCCACUCAUAAAUUGUCCACAAUUUCUUCAUUACCGCCAUCUUCGGGAUCCGGAUCACAUAAUCUUCAUCACUCUGGCUCAAUUUCGAGCGGUUCCGCUUCGUCCACCGAUAGCAAAUCCGUUAGCGCAUCGUUCACCUUCGUUCAAGGCUGGCAGUUGCUGGCAUUAACUGUUUCUCUCUUCGCUCCUCGCAACAACAAGCUACUGUGGUAUCUUCGGUUACAUUUGAAACGCAAUGCUGACACGAAGACCGAGAUGGGAAAAUAUGCCUCAUACUGUCAACGUGCCCUGGAACGAACUCUUCAAAUGGGUCCACGAGAAGCCAAACCGUCGAGGAUGGAAGUUCUCUCCAUCCUGCUCAAAAACCCCUAUCAUCAUUCACUGCCACACGCUAUCCCUGUUCACUUCCUCAACGGAACCUACCAGGUGGUUGGCUUCGACGGCUCCACAACGGUCGAAGAGUUUUUAGUGACGCUCAAUCGUGAAAUUGGUUGCCGGGACGUGAGUCAGUCUGGUUUUGCACUGUUUAGCGAUGACCCAAUAGAAAAAGAUGAGGAACAUUGGUUGGAACCCAAAACUAAGCUAUGCGACAUUAUAUCCAAGUGGGAAACGGCGCUGCGAGAGAAGGGUUUGGGAAAAUUCCAAAACACCAAAGUCAUUCGACUGACGUAUCGUCACCGCCUCUUUUGGCGCAGCAAUAUCAAAGGCGAAACGGAGCGGGAACGACUGUUGUAUUGCUACCAGACAGCCCAGAGAAUAUCCGACAAUAGAUUCCCCCUGACGAAAGAGUUGGCUAUCGAACUGGCGGCCAUUAUGUCACAGAUCGACGGCGGUGAUUACAACUCUGAACGGGGGCGAGGAAGCGGUGGAAGUUCCGGUCAUUUGCAUCAAGGAGCAAUGCAGGCUUUAGAGCGCUUUAUUCCAAGACGCUACAAGGACGGAAUUUCGCAAGAAGAGUUAAAGGAAAUGGCAGACGCUAUAACGGAUAAGUGGACAGCGUUGAAAGGGCGAAGCAUAGCCGAUUGUGUACGAAUUUAUUUGACGUGCACGCGUAAAUGGCCUUUCUUUGGUGCAGCUCUCUUCCAUGCCAAGGUUAACGCUGGAGGAGGAAAUUCAGAUCUGGAAGGAGCAUCUGUUUGGUUAGCUGUUAACGAAGAGACGAUUACACUUCUUGACGUGACAUCGAUGCAAUCGGUGGCCCGUGUGCCUUAUUCGGCCGUGGUCACCUUCGGAGGCUGUCAGGAUGAUCUCAUGGUUGUUGUCAACAACUGCGAUAUACAAGGGCCUGGAACGCAAAAGAUGCUUUUUUCUCUUCCCAAACCCAAGAUAUUGGAAUUGACGUUGCUAAUAGCUGACUACAUGAACGCUCUUGGUUGCGUUUUACCCAACACGCCGAACGCGUCGUUGUCUCGACUUGAAUCUCGCCGAUCCGGACGCAGUAAAACCAAAGAACGUGAUAGUGAUCGAAGUGGUUCCAUGAGUCAUCGGAUACAGGCCAGCGCCGAACCGGAUAUUCUUCGCGCUACUCCAGAAAUGGAAAGCAAGAUGCAACAUCACCAUCAUCACCAGCACCAUUAUCAUGAAGAUACUGGCAACAAGCGUCGUAUUACUGCCGACAGCUGACAACUGACUAAUGAGUCCUGUUGUCACCUGUUUGACUGUGCCGAGCUUGUUAGCUGAUAUACGGCCAUGUAUGGUGCGAAAGAAGAGGAGGACUAAACAAAAAUGGUUUCCCUCGUGUGCCUUUGUUAGAGGAGCAGUAUGGUGAGAGCAGAAGCGAGAAAAGAUAAGUCUUCCACAACCUCUUUUUUCGGGAGAUUCUGCACCUAAAACACAACAUUCAUCCGCUUCUUUCCCGUUGCCAUUCUCGUCCCGCUGCUUAUCUAGAAUUCAAGCCUUGUGAACGUAAAGGACUCGUUGCUGACCGUUACAUGUUCAAUUAAGUACGAGUACGGUAUUAUUUGUGUCCCUUUUUAAAUUUUGUGGCAAAAAAAACAAAACAAAACAAACAAACAUAAAAAAAAAAAAAUAAGAGCAGCCAAAACGAAUUGUCCGGCAAAUGGUACUUCAUCUCGUGUGUUUGUGUGUGUGUAUCUUCUAGUCCGCUACUUUAUAUCCGACAGGUCCUCAUCCAUAUAUAACAUUUAAAGAACUCGAGCUGUGUGCGUGCGUGUUCGUAUGUGUGCGUAUUUUAUUUUCCUCAAAGGCAAUAAAUAUCCUACGUUAACUCUAA